AUGCGUGAGCAGUGGCCGCAAUCUCACAGACAUUCAGGAUCACGCCAGCCCUACAGACUCUUUGAAAUGAUAGCGGAAAGACAACUCAAAUGUCGUGAAAGUGACCAACAUUCUUGCUUCCUGGCUUCAUCAGUCAAUUCGAACUGCAUGACUCCACGUCUAGACGGCGAAGGCUGGAGGCGAUGUCAUCUAAGGGGACAAAAUUAUCGAGCUGACAAUAUAUUAAGUAAUCUAAGGAGGCGAGUUAUGCGGUUUUUGUAUACAUGGAGUGUUACUUCUAUGCCUUGUGCGCUAGGGGCAAGUUAUGCG